AAUACAAUACGUUUAUUUCUUCCUCGAAGCAUUAAUUAUAAAGUUGAUAUCAUGAAGAAACCAAAACAAGCAGCACGCGCAAGUUUUCCUAACACCCGCAAAGCUUUGCGCAAACAGAAAAGGCAGCAAAAGAAAGUUCAUAGACAGGAGCAUUAUUUAAAGAAGAAAACUGUCCCAGAACAACCAAAGUAUACACCAGGAAGGUUUGUAAAGCGACCUGCUGAUUCCCCAGACCCUGAUUUAGAAGUUAAGAAGAAAAAGAAAUCCCAACCAUUGCCAAUUGAUGUUGUUCAAAAAGAGCGUAAAAAGGAGAAGAAAGAAGCUGACCGUCUCAAAGCUCAGAUGGAGGAACAGAGACGGAAGAUAUUCCUCGAAGCCAAUGAGGAAGAGGACAGGAUGAUAAAGAAACUGGAAAAGCAGCUCGGGUUGAACAAGGUUAAAAAUAAGAAGAAGUUCUUUGAGGAUGAUGGUCUUGAUUAUGUACUAGAAAUCUGUGACAGACAAACAACAGAACAAAUAGUAGCCGCCGAGAAACAUUUGGCCAAUGUUGAGGGUGAAUCUGACUUUGAGGAGGACCUGGCAGCUGUCACCGGGAAAGAAUUAAAGAAAAAUAAAGAAAAAAAAUCUAAGGAUGCUAAAACUAAAGAUACUAAAACUAAAAAGGAUAAAAAUAGUGAUGAUGAUGAAUUUAGUGAGGAAAAUAGUGAUCUUGGCAGUGAUGGUGAUGCCAAUGAAGAUGAUAUGAGUGAUAUUGAUGAUGAUGAUGAUGAUGAUGAUGAAAUGGAUGAAGAUAAGAGUGGGGAUGAUGAUGAGGUUGAUGAAAAUAGUGAUUAUGAUGAAGAUGGUGAUGAUUUAAGUGAUAAAGAAGAUUCUGAUGAAGAACCUGAAGAAAAACCUACAAAAUCAUUAAAAUCUAAACAGAAAUCAAAAGAAGACCCAGUCCCAAAAAUACCAGAAAAGAAAAAAGGCAAAGAGAGGGUAGUUUCAGAAGAAGAACUAUCCAAAAUGUUCAGUGAUGAUGAAGUGUCACAUCUGUCUGAUGAUGAUGAUUUAGGGAGUGGAGAUGAAUUUGGGGAUGAAAAAGAUGAAAUUGAGGAGAAGGUGAAAGAGAAACCAGAUGUGUGGGAAGAUAUUUAUGGACGUAAGAGGGAUAAAGAAGGAAAUGUUAUAAAGGAAGACAAAGGUGCCUACAUUCCACCUCAUUUGAGAAACAAGGAGGCUACAACUGACCAGGCGACAGCCCAACUAAAACGACAAAUCAAGAGUGUCCUAAACAAGCUAGCACACACCAACCUCCACUGGGCCUGCACGUCCAUAGAGACCCUCUACUCUAGCAACAGCCGUCACUCUGUCAGCGCGUCUCUCUGUGGUCUGUGGUUAGAAGCAGUCUGCGGCACCGUGAGUGCGCCACUACGCCUCCAGGCCGAGCAUGCCGCUUUAGUUGGAGUGUUACAUGCCAAUGUUGGACAGGAAAUUGGAGCUCACUUCUUAGAAGCAUUGUGCACGAUAUUCGACCGUCUGACGCAAACAACGCAGCCCAUGGAGAAUAAAACGUUAGACAACGUUGUUUGCUGUCUCGCUUACCUGUAUAGUUUCAAGAUUUUCCACGCACCUCUCCUAUACGACAUUCUCAACCGCCUACUUUUGAAUCAAACCGAGAAAAGCAUAGACUGCGUGUUAUGCGCGUUCCGAUGCGCCGGGGCUUCGUUACGCAAAGACGAGCCGUUAGCCCUGAAGGCUUUCAUACAGGACGCGCAAAAGUGUGCGAGUGCCGUGCAAGGAGGCGAUCAGGCUGGGUCUCGAAUAAAGUUCCUCCUAGAAGUCCUAAUGGCCGUGAAAAAUAACAAUCUGAACAAGAUACCGAACUACGACCCUAGUUUCGUUGAUCAGCUGAAGAAAACCGUCCGAGGGAUCAUUAGGAAAGGGAACUAUGCUACUCCGCUCAAUAUCACACUUGAAGAUUUACUCAAAGCCGAAAGUCGCGGCAAAUGGUGGGUAGUAGGUUCGGCUUGGGAAGGCAACCGACCGAAGCCAGAAGAUAAGGUUAAAGUAGUUCCCAGCACGGACCAGAAGCUUCUAGAACUUGCUAGAAAACAGAGGAUGAACACAGACGUUAGGAGAAGCAUCUUCUGCGUUAUUAUGGCUGCUGAGGAUUACAUGGACGCUUUCGAAAAACUCCAACACCUAGGUCUAAAAGGCAGUCAAGAGCGUGAAAUAGUGCACGUUCUACUAGCGUGUUGCACGCAGGAACGAACCCACAACCCAUACUACUCCGUGCUGGCGCAAAAACUGUGCGACGUCGAUAGGAAAUACCAGCUGUCCAUCCAGUUCGCCGUUUGGGACAAGAUCAAGGAUUUGGAGAGCUUAUCAAAGCAGGCCACGACCAACCUGGCGCAGUUUCUCAUACACCUCAUUAUGGAGAAGGGGCUGGCUUUAUCUGUUCUAAAGGUAAUAGAAUUCUCGGACCUAAACAAAAGCUCAGUCCGUUUCCUCCGUCAAAUCCUCCUCGCCAUCAUCAUGAACGCGGACCUCCAGACCUCUCUGCAGGUUUUCCAUCGCAUCGCUAAAUCCCCAAAACUUCACAUGUUCAGAGAAAGUCUAAGGCUUUUCAUACAACACUUCUUGCUGAAAAAUGCGGGGAAGAAAAGUGCGGUGCUGAGUGAAGAAGAGAUGGGGAUUUUGAAGGAGAGGACAGUUGAAGUUGAAAGGAUAUUAACUAUGUUUGAGACGAAGUUGAAGUUUUAA